AAGGCCCCUCUGUUUAGGGCUUGGAGGGGGGCCAUGUUGUUAGUAAGCGCCUGGUGACCAGCGGCGACGGGGCUUCUCAGCGUCCAUCGCGCCGCUUUAGGGAUGCGCUUUGUUUCUCGGCGUGCGAACGAUUUGUGUUUGAUGGUGCGUGGACUGCUGUAAAGCGCAAUAUCACUGUUCUUUUACUCGGCAACUUUUAAAGGUUUCCUCGUGGAAUGAGCAUUCCAUGCAGCAUCCUAGGUAUGAAUGACGUGGCCUGGCAGGAGACACGAGGGGGGAUGCUGCACACAAAUGGUGCACCAGAGACUGGAGGUGUCAGAGUUCAUGCAGGGAAUUCCCUUGCCACAGUUGGGGGAGCGGGACAGGGCCCUGGAGGAGCACACCCUCUGUCGGGCAUGGAUCGGGGUGCCAACCCAAACCCUGGCACCCCACAGCCUCCUCUCAGUGGUCGCUCCCAAGAUGAUGCCACUGUGGGUUAUUUCUUUCAGAGGCAGCCUGGGGAACAGUUAGGAGGCUGCGGUCCGAGCAAACAUCGCUGGCCCACUGGUGAUGGGAGUCAUGUUGACCAGGUCCGGGCUGUGGAUGAGAUGAAUUAUGAUUUUCAAGCCCUGGCAUUGGAGUCACGUGGAAUGGGUGAGCUCUUACCAGCAAAAAAACUCUGGGAGUCAGAUGAAUUAGCAAAAGACGGGCGUAAAGGGAUGCUGCUCGGAGAGGAGUGGAGAGAUAAUGCUUGGGGAUCUUCUCAUCACUCAGUAUCGCAGCCCAUCAUGGUGCAGAGGCGACCUGGUCAGGGCUAUAAUGGGAACGGAGAGGCUAGCUCAGUUUUGUCUCCACGCUCAGAAGGAGGUGGCCUGGGUGUGAGUAUGGUGGAGUAUGUUCUCAGCUCCUCACCUGGAGAUAAGAUGGAUGGACGCUACAGAAAUGGAGGCUUUGGUGGCGGUGAUGCAGAUGCUGAUGGAAGAGAAAAGGCUGAUCAGAAAGAAAAGGCCUCCCCCUUUGAAGAGGACAAGAGCCCUGAAAUGAAAGUUGGAGAAGAAGGUGAUGCUGCGAAAUCCAGUGGUCGAGGUUUACUCAAUGGGAUGGACCGUGACUGCAAAGACUUCAACCCUACCCCAGGCAGCCGUCAGGCGUCUCCUACAGAAGCUGUGGAACGUUUGGUUCCCAGUCAGGCUGGACUUGAGAUGAUGGGACAGCAUCACCCUCAUUCUCUGCAGUCUUCGACCACUGGUGUCAGUAAACCCACAGCUGAGGACUUUCAAAGCCAAGAGGCUCAGAGUAUGGGUGGCAUGGAACAGCAGGCCAGUGUUGAGUCACUCCAGUUUGACUAUGCUGGAAACCAGAUCCAGGUGGACUCUUCUGGGGCUCCUCUUGGCUUGUUUGACUACAAUUCCCAGCAGCCGUUGUUCCCGAGACCAAACCAUCUGACUGUCCAGCAGCUCACAGCUGCACAGCAACAGCAGUAUGCUCUUGCUGCUGCCCAGCAGCAACAUCUAGGCAUUGCCCCUGCAUUUGUGCCAAACCCAUAUAUCAUCAAUGCUGCUCCACCUGGAGCAGACCCCUACACUGCUGCUGGCCUGGCAGCAGCAGCAACUCUCGCAGGCCCUGCAGUGGUUCCUCCACAGUACUAUGGGGUCCCAUGGGGUGUGUAUCCAGCUAAUCUUUUUCAGCAACAGGCUGCGGCUGCUGCGAAUCACUCUGCAAACCAGCAGGCAUCAAAUCAAGGCCCAGGGCCUGGACAACCACAGGUGAUGCGUGCAGGAACCAGCCAGCGACCUCUAACUCCAGGGCAGAGCCAACAGAGUCAGCAGGAGUCUCUUGCAGCAACUGCAGCCAAUCCACCACUGGCCUUCACAGGCAUGCCAGGAUAUCAAGUGCUGGCACCAGCUGCUUACUAUGACCAGACUGGUGCAUUAGUGAUGGGCCCUGGGGCUCGUACUGGACUGAGUGGACCAGUUCGACUAGUGCAGACACCACUCCUCAUCAACCCUGCUGCAGCACAAGCUGCCGCUGCUGCAUCAGCCUCUGGGUCUGCUAGCAACGUGUCGGGCCCAACCAAUGGUCUGUACCGUUCUAUGGGCUGCCAGCAGCCUCAGCAACCCCAGCCACAGCAGCAACCCCCACCACCCUCUACCGGCUUGCCAUCCAGCUCCUUCUAUGGCUCAGGCUCGGUGGCCCCGAGCUCGCAGAGCAGUUCCCUCUUCUCUCAUACAAGUGCUGCCCCGCCACCUAGUUCCUCACUGGGCUUCAGCAGUACGGGUGGAUCCCUAGGUGUGGGGCUCGGGUCUACUCUAGGAGGCUUUGGCUCUUCAGUCUCUAGUUCCAACAACAACAAUGCCGCUCGUCGGGACUCUCUGCUGGCUAGCUCAGACUUGUAUAAGCGUGGUGGAAGUAGCAGCCUUACCCCAAUUGGCCAGCCCUUUUUCAAUAGCCUGGGAUAUUCCUCCUCCCCCAGUCCAAUCGGCCUAACACCUGGUCAUUCUCCUCUUACACCUCCACCUUCGCUGCCCUCCUCCCAUGGCUCCUCAUCCAGUCUUCAUCUGGGAGGUCUGCCAAAUGGCAGUGGCCGCUAUAUUUCGGCUGCUCCAGGUGCCGAGGCAAAGUACAGAAGCACAGGUGGCAUCUCAAGCUUGUUCAGCUCCACCAGUCAGCUUUUCCCCCCACCUCGAGCACGCUACAGUCGCUCAGAUGUCAUGCCUUCGGGCCGUAGCCGCCUUCUGGAAGACUUCCGCAACAACCGCUUUCCCAACUUGCAGCUUCGAGACCUGCCUGGACACAUGGUGGAGUUUUCCCAGGACCAACAUGGCUCCAGGUUUAUUCAGCAGAAGUUGGAAAGAGCGACACCAGCAGAGAGACAAAUGGUGUUUGGAGAGAUCUUGCAGGCUGCCUACCAACUCAUGACUGAUGUCUUUGGCAAUUAUGUCAUUCAGAAAUUCUUUGAGUUUGGUAGCGCUGAUCAGAAGCUGGCUCUGGCUACUCGUAUCCGUGGCCAUGUGCUGCCAUUGGCUCUACAGAUGUAUGGCUGCAGAGUCAUUCAGAAAGCCCUGGAGUCCAUUUCUUCUGACCAGCAGGUAAUUAGUGAUAUAGUGCGGGAGCUGGAUGGCCAUGUGCUGAAGUGUGUCAAAGAUCAGAACGGGAACCAUGUGGUACAAAAGUGCAUCGAGUGUGUCCAGCCCCAGGCCUUGCAGUUCAUCAUUGAUGCUUUCCAGGGCCAGGUGUUUGUACUGUCCACUCACCCGUACGGCUGCCGAGUGAUACAGCGUAUUCUUGAGCACUGCACUCAGGAGCAGACGCUGCCGAUCCUGGAGGAACUCCACCAGCACUCGGAGCAGUUAGGCCAGAAAUAUCAAGGCGUAUCAUUGGAGAUGACCCCCAAAACAUAUUAUUCUGUGUCCAGCGAUGCGCUAUUCAAGGACCAGUACGGUAACUACGUUAUCCAACAUGUUCUGGAACAUGGGAGACCUGAGGACAAGAGUAAAAUUGUGGCAGAAGUCAGGGGAAAGGUUCUUGCUCUGAGUCAGCAUAAGUUUGCAAGUAAUGUCGUGGAGAAGUGUGUGAUCCACUCAUCCCGUGCAGAGAGAGCUUUGUUGAUUGACGAAGUGUGUUGUCAGAAGGACGGCCCUCAUAGUGCCCUCUACACGAUGAUGAAGGAUCAGUAUGCUAAUUACGUGGUACAGAGGAUGAUUGACAUGGCUGAACCUGCUCAACGGAAAAUCAUCAUGCACAAGAUUCGACCGCACAUCGCCACUCUACGAAAGUACACUUAUGGCAAACACAUAUUGGCCAAGUUGGAGAAGUAUUACAUGAAAAGCGGCUCAGAGCUGGGCCCCAUUGGAGGCCCAACAAACGGCCUCAUGUAGGGACAGAGCCUCACAUCAGGCUCAUCCUUCUUUCCUUUCCCUUUGAAAUUGGAUUCAUCAGGAUACAUCUGCUCCACCAGGGGGCCCUCUUACAUCCUGUAGGUUUUUAUUUACCAAAACAAAAAGAGUGAGAGAAGUCAGCUUCACCUAAGAAUGCUGUGACCACACUCCUUUUGCUGGUCUCCGUGCAAUAUUGGCCCCUUUGAUAUUCCACAGCCCUCGUGUGGCAAACCAGAGUGCACGGUCUUCUGUAUGAGCUUUCCUGGGAAAAGCACAACAUCCCUUUGUUUAUGGUGUAAUUGAUUCACACUGAUUUUGUUUUUUUUUUCUUUCACGUAAAUAUCUUGUACAUUUUUUUUUACCUUGUAAAUUCUCUGUAAAAAAGACAAACAUUUGCUGAAAAUUUACAGUUCUUACAAUUUACACCAGCAAGUGAAUUUCUAAGGCCAAACAGUGAUCUUUUUUUAAUGUCUUUUUCAUAUUUAGUUUUUAUACCUAUCGUCAUGGCAGAAUUAAGGUGUGACCCUUACAAGCGCUAAUAAAACACUAUGGUACUAAAGCAGCUGAUGAAAAAACUGAUGAAUUUAGCUGGACCGUUUCAACCAGUUAGAGCUACAUGGUUAUUAGAGAUCAUUGUGAGACCUGUUCACUUACCGUCACUUGCAGUUCUUGCGCCAUUGAAAUAGUCACGAUAGAUCCCCCUCCCCCUUUGUACACUUUUCCACAGUUGAAGUGUUUUUAACACCACCAGUGAAGUGUUUUAUUAAUUCUGUAGAUUAAUAAGCAUGUAUGCAGUCACAUGCACUGCGCCAUCCCAACUGGAGCUUUAUAAACUCUUGCUCUAGUCAUUUUUGGGGGACGUGCACAAGACACAGCUGUUCUUGUCAUUUUAUUUGAAAAGUAAACACGGCAAUGAGAUGUGUAUUGAUAGACCAUUAAUAUCCUGAGUAAUCUUUCCGUAAAUAUUGUAGGGUGGGGUUUGGUAACAGUGAACAGAGGAGGGGAAAGUAGGGGGUCCGAAGGUAUCGGCAUGCUCUGUCAAGAUGUAAUGCUUAAGAGAAUGAAUUUUUCUUCUUUAUCAUGUUUGUGAAGCAUCUAUUUGUCAAGUAGUUUUUGAGAUGAGCACUGACCUCUGAACAGUGUGUUUAUAUAUAGAACAUCAUCUCUUUACAUUGUAUUAUUUAGGGAAGUGUAUAGCAUCUUUAUGUAUGAGUAAAUAUUAAAUUCUUGCCUUUUUUUUUAUUUUCCCCCUUAAUUUUUUUUUUUUUUUUUUUGGGUCAGGGGGUGGGGAUGGUUGGAUGUGAUGGGGGGGAAAACGGUGUCCUUGGCCCAAAGUUUUGGGUGUUUAUAGAAAUCACGCUCAAGAUGCAACAUCAGCUUGUGUGUCAUCCAGAUUUUGGCUGCUGUUAGAAAUGAGCAUAUAUCACAUUGAGGUCUGGGGUGGGGUGGGGGGCGGUUAACCAUUGUUUGCUAUACAACUCUUCCAUAUUACUAGUAUAACUGUUUUUGCUUCAUAUGAAUAAAUGUAGAAUAAGUGUAGUAUAUGUGCAGUUAAGUGUAAGUUUAUUAGUUGAAUAGAAAAGAAAAAAUCUAGUGAUGUUGGACAGGCCUUGCUAAAUUUAGUAGUGAUUGCUUUUAUUUUGUCUGUACAGUUGUACAUUUGUAAACGUUGAGGCUGUAAAUCAGACUUCUUUUACACUUUGGGGGAAGGAAAAAAAAAUUGUGGAUUUUGAUGUGUGUAUAUUCUUCAUUCUUUUCCCCUCAAAUAUAUUGUAUACAGUUUUCUUUGAUCACAUUAUUUUAAAGAAGGAAAAAAAAUACUUUUAUGGCUUCACAAUCUGAACAUAGUUUCAUUUUUAAUCUGUUCUUGGAAAAGGUCAGCCUCUAUUUGUACCUGGAGAAGAAACAUCACCUGCUAACAUCGUCAUUUUGAUGUGUGACAGUUUAAAAAGAAAAUCACAUUAUUGACCUGUAUUUUGGAGGGAGGCAGGAUCCAUCUUCUAACGUGGAACCUUCACAGGACAUAAUUAUUUUUGUACAGUAGAGUGCUGUAUUUUGGAGCAGCCACUAACUUGUAAGCAAAAUAAAUGUAAAAUAUUGUCAAUUAUAUAAAUAUGAACAUAUGAGUUUUGUCACACUGUCAAAGUCAUGUACAUUUUCAGGUGGCCUUAUGUACAUUUCCAGAUGUUAGAUGAAGAGAUUUUUUUGUUUGUUUUUGGAAGCAGAAUUGUGACUAUGUAUGAUUAAACUGUUCUUCUAGCAUUUGA